AUGGCACAAGAGGUUAACGUCAUGUUGUACGGCCUGGGAGCCAUUGGAUCUUUCUAUGCCUUCAUCUUGGAUCGCUCCAAACGCGUGCGACUGACUGUUGUGGCCCGGUCUAACUAUGAAGCGGUCAAGAAGGAUGGUCUACAUAUCAAGAGCCAGAACCACGGUGACCACGUCGUCCGGCCGGCCAAAGUUGUCAAAACGCCCGCGGAAGCCGGAGAGACAUAUGACUAUAUCGUCUGCGCGCACAAAGCCAUCGACAAUGCAUCGGUGCCAACACAGCUCGCUCCGGCCGUCGACGAGAAGACUUGCAUUGUAAUCAUCCAGAAUGGCGUGGGCAAUGAGGAUCCGUUUCGGAAGGCAUUCCCGAAGAAUCCUAUUCUGAGCUGCGUGACAUGGGUCGGCGCCAUCCAGAACACUCCCGGCGUCGUAAAUCACACAAAGUCGGAAAAUACUCAAAUCGGUGUCUACCCCAAUGAAGCAUUGGACCCGGCUGUUGAGAAGUCCCGACUCGACGAGUUCACCUCUUUGUUGCGAGAGGGAGAGACGCCAUUCACCGUCGAAGACAACAUCCAGAUCCAACGGUGGGAAAAGGUAGUUUGGAAUGCCGCCUGGAACACUCUGACCACGCUAACCAUGCUCGACACCCACGCCUGGCUCAAAUCAUCGCCUGAUUCGAUGCCCAUGACUCGCAAGCUGAUGCGGGAAGUCAUUGACGUGGCACGAAAGUGCAAUGUCCCCCUCCAGUAUGAACUCAUUGAUCAGCUUAUUGACAAGAUUCUGGCCAUGCCGCCCAUUGGAAGCAGCAUGCAGACCGACUGUAAAAUGGGCAGGCCCAUGGAAGUGGACGUCAUCCUGGGAACUCCGGUACGGAAAGGGAGAGAGCUAGGGGUUGAUAUUCCCACACUGGAGGUGCUUCACACGCUGUUGGUCGCCAUCAAUACUCGAUUCAAACCGAGUUUAUAG